GCCGCUAACGGGGUCGAUAUCAUCACUCCAGAUGCGGAGCCUUUGGCGAGUCGCAAGUUGAGCUUCGCUGUUGGAGUUUACUCGCGCGCGUCAAAUAUAUCCAAUGUCAAACGCGGGGAAGUAUUCCGGAGAAGGUCAUCUGGCGACCACUUAAACCCCUCUCGUUCGCUGUCACAUGUCAUCCAUGUUUUCUCAUCCGAGCGUCGCCCUGUCACCCAAACAGCACUACUCUCGCGACAUUCUGCAAGUAACUCGCAGACAGCAAAACGAUGUUAGGCAACGCUCAAAGGGGCUCAGGAAUCCUCCUGUCUGUCCUAUUCUCGCUUCUCGGUCUCAGGGAAGCGUCCUGUGUAGCAACCGAACCUCUGAACCGGUACUAUUCAAUGCGUAUAUGUCCAUGUCAGGCGGUGUGUAGAGAGGUAGCAGGUUAUCAUCAAGUGUUCUUGGCUGCGUUCGAGACAGUGGCGGAGAGUCACUCCCGCCUGGGCCUACAUCCGUUCGGCGGCAGGCGGGAAAUCUCAUGCUACAAUGUAGCAGGUGAUGGAAGUGCACCAUUACCAGAUUGCAAAGGCAUCUCCAAGCUCGCAACGACCAGUGUGGUCGCGUACACGGUCCAGAUGACACUGAACAUGACCCGCAUCGGUGGCUCGAUGGAUGACCCGAUAGCGACCUGCUGCAGGGCAGAGUAUGCAGUCACUGCCUUGUAUGGCUUUGCUGGUCGCGGGUACCAGCUAGAAGGAAAGGCAGCCACGCUUACUUGCCGUCGUGACUAUGACACCCUCUGCGAAGACCUUCUUUUCAGCGACUUUGAAUUGGGCUGCACGGUGAGCGUCGAUUCUUGCGGCGUUCUGCAAGGCUCGGGGCCUUGCGCGUGA